AUGAAUAGUAAAAUAUUAAACAGUUUAACAAAUGCCAUUGAUAAUAAGGAAGAUUCAAGAAAGAAAGUGGAGACUAGAAAACAGGCCCUACAAGAAUUGCAUUCAUGUGUUGAAAAAUGCAAAAAUAGAUUUGGUGGAAAGUCUGAACUUGCAACAGAAGAUGAUUUAAGAAUUGUUCAAGUAUGUGAAAAAUGGGAAAAAAUACUUAGUCAUGGGAUAAGAACAAACUUGUCAAAUUCUACUAUACAAAGUUUAGUCGCUGCUGGUUUAAGUUUUACCUUCAAUAUUAUUAAUGUUGGUAAUUCACUUUGGAGUUACACAUGUCUUCAUCUAACAAAACAUGAAAAGGAAAGGUUUAAAAUUCUGGCAAAUAUCAAUACACCUUUAGGUUACUUCAAAGCAUUUAUAAGAGCAUCAUUAAAUGAAAGAUCCCUGGAAAGAUAUUUACAGAGUUGGAUUACUCAUGGCCUAAUAUCAGAAUAUUAUGAAGAAGGUGCCAUGGUUCGAGCACCAGAAGCAAGUCUACUUCCUGAUAUGGCAGCAGGUUUAUCAACUAUUUUGUUUGCUUUAUCAAUUGACAGGGCAGAGUUGAAUGACUCACUGCAAAUGAAUCCAAUGACAAAAUCAGAGCAUGUUAUACCACUACCAACACCUGUGAAAGCUUCAGGUAAUGUUAAAAGGAAGCCCUUAAGACAAGUCAUAUCAUUUGAUAAAGAACAAGGCAAUCAGAAAGUUGUAAAGAAAAGAAUAGAGCCCAUUGAACAAACAGCAAAUACCUUAUGGAAUAGUGCCCCACCAACUUGUCUCAAUUCUCCAGACCCCAUAAUACUACCACAAAUAACAUCUACCAGUGAACCCACAAGUUCUGAAUAUAAAAGUGGAAAACGACACUUCUUUCCUGACAGUGUAAAAGGUCUAGACAGCCCUUCGCAAAUCCUCACCAAGUUGUCUGAAUGUGCUAAAGAAAUAUUCACAUCUUCUAGUAGUGUAGACCGAAACAAUUUAUGCAGAGAAGACAAUGUUUCUGAUUUAAGUGUGAAUUGUUUGAAAAUUUAUGAAAGUGAUAGUGAAGAAAUAGCUGGCAGCAUCGAUGGCAGCACUUCCUGUUUGGAACUUUGUUUCACCGAGGAUGAGGGGGGUAUUGAUGAAAAAAGAGUUAGUUCAGUUUUGGAGUGUAGAGAAAAAGAGUUUUUAGAUUUACAAGUAAAAUUCAAUCAACUUGAACUAAAGAGUAAGGAAAAAAUACAGAAGCUUGAGAAGGUUGUCUCGGAACUAAGCAAGGAAAACGGAAAGUUAAAAGACCAAUUGAGAAAAUAUAUGUCGGCAGUGGAAAUGGGAAUAGUUUUUAAAAAUGGCAAUGAGCAUGAGGAAGAAAUUAAUUCAUAUGAAAAGAAACUUGUUCAGGCAACAGAAAUGCAUGCAGAACUUAUGGAGUUCAAUCAAUAUUUACAAAGACGGCUACAAGACUUGGAGAGUGGCUCAGCUUUAGAGAUUUUAGAUUAUCCAGAAUCCAAUGUGAAAGUAUACAUGCCUACGGCUUUUCUAGUUGGAAAGAGAACACGUUCAUACCAUGUCUACCAGAUAUUCAUAAAGAUCGGUCAGGAGGAAUGGAAUGUGUAUCAUAGAUACGCAAAGUUCCACGAACUUCAUACACAAUUAAAGAAAUGUCAUCCAGAUAUAGCUAAUUAUAAAUUCCCACCGAAGAAAACUUUAAGAAAAAGGGAUGCGCAUUUGGUGGAGCAUAGGCGUGUGGCGCUCCAAGCGUAUCUUCGACACAUACUACUAGUGCUGCCUGAGUUACGGGAGUGCACAAGUCGCGCCCAACUCAUAACCCUACUUCCGUUCUUUGGGAUUUCGUCAACAGUCAAGGAGAAUGGCCUAACCCAUACACAAGGACACAAUUCGGACGAAUCGAUAUCGACCUACGAUGGUCUG